CAACUGCGCUGCGCUAAAGCACUAGUCUUAUACGAUGCACAUAUGCGACACUUACUGGGCAAUAGUCACCAUCACUGGGAUAUUCUGAAAGUGUUACCGUUAGUUCAACGUAUCGUGCGGUUUUCACCUGCACUCGGAUGCCGUCAUGAAACAUUCAAGCCUGUACGCAAUGGUUAUGCUGGCUUUAGGUGCCCUUUUAUUUGCCUUAUGUUUAAACCCUGCUGAAAGCUUCAGCUUCUUCCCUUUCAAGAGGAAAAAGGCUUACAAUAUACGCAAAUUUUUAGACACCAAGGAACCUAUUUGGACUUAUACCACGAGCAGACGGGCCAAUAUUUGGUGUGAAGUUGGCGUGACGGAUAAUGUUACCGAGAACUCCGUAUUUUUCAAGCGAUCGUCCUACGACCGCAAAGGGAGGACAUCCGCCAUCCUGGAGGGAAAACUCUCGGACAGAAAGAAACACAUGGAUAUCGGUAGUCCAGAUGGUGUAUACACAAUGCAGGAGGACAUAAUUUAUAUGAGUCGCAACGGUAGCUGUGCUGUAAUCAUGGUAACGACAACUUUCGGUGGAAAGCAAUCAACGUUCGACCUACGAGUCAAGAAUUCAUCGCUCGCGUGGGGACCUACAAAGAAAUGCAAGAAAAAUUUCGGCAAGCACGAAGGUCAAGGACAAAAUAUUUACCAACCGCAGUGCCAGCGCAUACUCACUAGCAGUCAGUAGGGCGGAGGAAACGUUGAUCAGAGUGUGAAUAGUGUUAAUGCAAAGGCAGCGUAGUCUGUUCUUUGUUUUAAAUAUAUGUACACGGGGGCAUAUUACGCUCAAACGUAAAUAAAUGUCACCCUGAGCACCUA